AAAUAAUAUUUUUUAACUAGUAAAUAGAAAAAAGAGUUAAACAGUUUUCAAUUUCGGAUCCAUAUAUAAUCCUUCAAACCCGAUUUCCUUUUAUCUUCCCUCUUUCCAUAUUACUCACCGUCACGCGCCGCCGUCACGCGCCGCCAUAGAAAGGGUGCUGUCUCGUAUUGCAUUCAUUCAAUGAAGUGCUGAGAAUAAUCUAGCAAGGGAUUUCUCUCUUGAUGACUUCCCCUGAACAAUUAAGGAGUUAUCUAAAGCAGGAUGACCUAGAUAAGUUUGACGAUGACUGGGAAGGGGAUGAUAAGAAAAAAUACAGGUCAAGUAAAUCAAGGUCUGGCAACAGUGAAGAAGCUGAAGGUUUAGAUAGUAAUGGAAGGAGAAGAAGUAACAUGGACAGAACUGAGAGUCGGAAAAGAUCUGGUGGAUCAAGCAAAGCUGAUAUUGAUGAGGAUGAUUAUGAGGCCGAAAAUGACUUGCGGUCCAAAUUGACGAAGAAGAAGCAGGGGGAGAAUACAUUGGAGACGUUGAGCAAUUGGUAUCGGGAAGGAGAACUUGGGGGCAAGUAUGAUAAUGGAGACAAAGCAGGGGGUAGAGGACAAAUCCUAGCUAAUGAGGGUGUCAGAAGGAAAUCAACUUCAAGGUUUUCUGAUGUUGAUGGUUCCCAGACAAGAAAUAAAGGUAAAAAUGAGAAGUUAUAUGGUGGGGACUAUGAAAAUGCACUGGAAAGGAAUUCUAGACAUUUGGAAAGAAAGGACAGUACCACAGAAAAGGGUCAUGUUCUUUUGGAUGGCCUUAAAGAUUCAAAUGGAGACAAGAAUGUUACAUACCUGGAAAGUGACGAGAGAAAAAUUGACUGCGAUAGGAGUAAGAAAGGCAGAUCGCAUGCUAUAGAGGAAGACAGAGGAGGAGAGAGAAAUAGGAGAGAGAUGGACUCCUGCAAUAGGUCCAGGACACCUGAGAGGAGUGGAAGGCGCCGUUACGACUCGGAAAGCAUUGAGAUGGAAUAUGAAAAAAGAGAUACUUUCCGGAGGAAAGAACAAGAAAAAGAUGGUGUCAGAGAUGAUAAAUCAAAAGGAAGGGAUGAUGGCAGGAGUGAUAGAGACAGAUUUCGGGAUGGUUCCAAAGAUGGGUGGAAAAGAAGGCAAGGGAACUUUGUUGACAAGGAAAUGAAAGAAGGUGAGACACCAUAUGAACAUGGCAGAGAGUGGGAAACACCCAGACGUGGUUGGAUUGACAAUGAAAGGCCACGUUCUGGUGGUAGAAAAGAUGGAAACAGGACAGAAGCUUUGAAAACUUCAUCGAAAUAUGGAAUUUCAAAUGAGAAUUAUGAUGUCAUAGAGAUCCAAACCCGGCCAUUUGACCAUGGUAGGGAGGAGGCGAUAUCUUCUGCAGCAAGAACAGCCGAAUUUAAUCAGAACUCUGAUGCAAGAGAUGACGAGAACUGUGCCCUUCCCAGGGAUGACAGGGGAAGAAACAUGAGUUGGUCAGGCCAAUCCGGUCAAGAUUUAAAGGAUUCAGGUGAAGGUUCAUAUAGGGAUGAGACUGAAUCAAGGGCUCAGAAAGGAGAUGCAUCUGUUCGAGCUGCCUUGGGUCAAACUUUCAGCAGUGGUUCAGAACCUCCAUAUGGGAACCAGGAACCAUCUUCCCUCAAUAGAGCUGUUCCAAUAGGUUCUAAAGGAGGUAGGGUUGGGAGAGGAGGAAGAGGGAGGCCCACCGGAAGGGACGGCCACCAGUUCGGACCUCCAAUGCCAAUGAUGGGAUCACCUUUUGGACCACUUGGAAUGCCGUCGCCUGGAUCUGUGCAAUCUUUAGCUCCUAACAUGUCACCUGCUCCAGGUCCUCCUAUGUCUCCUAGUGUUUUCAUUCCUCCAUUUUCACCUCCUGUGGUUUGGCCUGGAGCUCGAGGUCUUGAGAUGAAUAUGCUAGGUGUUCCACCUGGACUCCCACCUGUUCUUCCUGGACCUGGAUUUCCCCCUAAUUUGGGGAAUCCAAUGUUUUUUAAUCAAUCAGGCCCUGGAAGAGGGGCACCUCCUAACAUGUCUGGUCCAAAUUUUAACGCCCUUAUACCAGCAGGUCGUGGACAGGUUAAAGAUAAAGCAAAUGCAGGUUGGGUGCCUCCUCGAAUUAAUGCCCCACCUGGCAGAGCUCCUUCUAGGGGUGAGCAGAAUGAUUACUCCCAAAAUUUUGUAGACACUGGCACGAGGCCUCAAAAUUUCAUCAGGGAACUAGAGCUUACCAGUGUUGUUGAGGACUAUCCCAAGCUUCGAGAACUUAUUCAAAGGAAGGAUGAGAUUGUUGUCAAAUCUUCUUCGCCUCCCAUGUAUUACAAAUGUGACCUGCAUGAGCAGGAGCUGUCCCCGGAGUUUUUUGGGACCAAGUUUGAUGUCAUUCUAAUAGACCCCCCAUGGGAGGAAUAUGUUCAUCGAGCUCCUGGUGUCACUGACCAUAUGGAGUACUGGACAUUUGAGGAAAUAAUGAAUCUCAAAAUUGAGGCCAUUGCUGACACUCCAUCAUUUGUUUUCCUUUGGGUUGGUGAUGGUGUGGGGCUUGAGCAAGGGCGCCAAUGUCUGAAGAAGUGGGGAUUUCGCAGAUGUGAGGACAUAUGUUGGGUGAAAACAAACAAAACCAAUGCAACUCCAGGAUUACGGCAUGAUUCCCAUACAUUAUUUCAGCGUUCAAAGGAGCACUGCCUUUUGGGCAUAAAAGGAACUGUUCGUCGUAGUACCGAUGGCCAUAUAAUUCAUGCAAAUAUUGACACGGAUGUGAUUAUUGCUGAGGAACCUCCUUAUGGAUCAACUGCAAAGCCUGAAGAUAUGUACCGCAUAAUUGAGCAUUUUGCACUUGGCCGGAGAAGGCUUGAGCUCUUUGGUGAAGACCAUAAUAUUCGAUCUGGCUGGUUGACUGUUGGUAAAGGAUUAUCUUCAUCAAACUUCAGUGCAGAGACCUAUGUGCGGAAUUUUGGCGAUAGGGAUGGGAAAGUCUGGCAGGGUGGGGGAGGAAGGAAUCCACCACCAGGCGCACCACACCUUGUUAUUACAACACCUGAAAUAGAGUCUCUUCGGCCCAAGUCGCCAAUGAAGAAUCAGCAGCAAAUGCAGCAACAGACAGCAUCUAUAUCUGUGCCAACAACCAACACUUCCAACAAGAGGCCAGCCGGCAACUCGCCCCAGAACAAUAAUAAUUCACAAAACGUGAACCAAGAAGGCUCUGGCUCUAACAUCCCGAAUGCAGGACCUUGGGUUCCACCAAUGGAUAGUCUUCAAGGGAGAGAGAUUUCAGAUAAUAGGCAUUUCGAUAUGUACGGGUAUAAUGCAGCCUUUAGACAGGCCAACACUGAAUUUUUCGAGUAUGAAUCUCAUAAGGCAAUGAACUUGUAGUAGCGAGGAACUCGCAUUUGUUGUGUUAUUAUGUAUUUGAAUUAUUCUUUUUACCUUAUAAUGGUAAGGCCAUGAAGAUGCCUUCAUUUCUUUAUUUGUUCUUCAGCCAGAAGAUUGGUGACAGAUCCAUGAAAGUCUUUGCUUGAAAUGAACCUCUAAUUUGUCUUUA